GCGCUGGGCUUCCACUUCGCGGUCGCGCCCCGGCGCUGGCGCCGCGCAUCGGUAACGAACCGUUCUUCCUCGGGCCGUCGGCGCUGCCGCUGGCGGGCCACUGGCGACCAGGCAGAGCGCCCCCCGCGCCCAGGCGCGCCCUGGCCGCGGCCCCCCCAGGCGCCGAGCGCGCCCCGCCGGGCCCCGCGGCCAGCGCGCCGCAGCGCGGCGGGACCUCGCGCGCAAGCCUGCUGGAGAAGGCAAGCGCCGUCCUGAAGGAGUUCCCCCUGACACCCGUCGGCAUCAUCGAGGCGCUGUUCAGCCCGCCGUUCCUCUACGUGCUGAUCGGCCUGGUGUUGCUGUGCUGCUCGGGGAGCCUCAUCUACGUGUUCCGGGACGGGAUGGAGCCGUACAUGAUGGCCUUCGUCGACGUUCUGGCAUCCAUCGGGAGGUCAUUCCUCACGUGCCUCCAAGGGUUGUACUGGUGCUUGCAGCGGUUGGUCUUCCCGCUGAAGGAGCUGUUCAUGGACUCUGCCCGGUCCACUGAUCACUAUUUCAAUCCUUACAAGAAGAAGGAGCCAGCCAGACAGAACGUCCCCACAUUCCAGAUCUAG